CAUUUCUCUCGGCUCGGGCACUUAUAAAAAAAAAGAAAAAGAAAAAGGGUAAGGGUUGGGGUUUGCAGAUGGCGAUGGCGAUGGCGAGGAGCGCAUUGGUAAAAAAGUACCUGAGGGUGAACGUGGGCGUAGGCGUGGGCGUGGAUUCUUCGCCCUUCAAUGCCAUACGGCGCCGUUUCUUCUCGGAGGAAGUGAGGACCUCGUUCAAAUCGGAGGUCACCGAUCGUGUCAUCUCCGUCGUCAAAAACUUCCAGAAGGUCGAUCCUUCCAAGGUCACACCAAAUGCCAAUUUUCAGAAUGAUCUUGGAUUAGAUAGUUUAGAUUCUGUAGAGAUUGUGAUGGCACUUGAAGAAGAAUUUGGGUUUGAGAUCCCUGAUAAGGAAGCAGACAAGAUCAACUCCAUCAAUCUUGCUGUUGAAUUCAUUGCUUCUCACCCUCAGGCAAAGUAGAGGGAAACUAUGAAGCCUCCUCAUAAUUUUCACAUGUUUUCUGUGAGAAAUUAGCUAUGAGUAGAAAUUUCGGAUGUUUGAAACUUCUAUUUCUUUUUUUCCUUUUGCGAAAUACUUCUUGGUUUUCGAGUACUUUUAAGGAGUAUAUUUUGGGCAUGUGCCAACUUCAAUUCUGUUUCUCUAGUUGAUGGAAACUGAGUGUAAUGAGCUAAGCUAGUGGUUGAAAAUUGCUUUAUUGAUGACGAUGAAUCAUUUUAAUAAAAAAAGUGUAGGUUAUUGUUUAUUGUGAA